CAUGGCCUUUGAACCAUCGCAGGGGAGUGGUGAUUGUAAUGAGCUCCGACAUUUUACUGGAUGUUGAUCGUAUGGAAUACGGAUGAGGCUAAACUUUGGAGGGAUUGUGUCUUUCUCUAAGCUGCAGAGGGUGUAUGGUGCGUUUUAUGGUGCUUCCCAGCUCAAUAGAUGCCCGGAAUAUCUAAGGCCGCCUGUUCGUGCCCACGCCUCCAUCACCCUUCCAGAAUGUAUCCUAUCGCAUCAAGUCGAGCACUGCAGCUACUCCAGCUUAUCACCAAGUUACUUCUUCGAACGCAUGUAUAUAGCUCACUGCAAUAUCACUUCUCCAUCCAACAGACUCCCAAGAUUGUGUGCACAAAAUGCAACUAAAUUUCGUGGUACAGCCUCGGAAUUUUCCCAUCAUUGCCACGGGCAUCGUGAAAAUGCUGCGCCACUGCCGCAUGCGACUGCUGCGGUGUUCCUAAACGUGCUUGUCCUCCAAACGAGCCAUGGACUCGAGGGUGCUCCGAUUCCUUAUAUGUAUAUCCACGCUCCCAGAGUCACGGUCAGGCGAUAUCAUCGAGAUUCGCAGUACUCCCGGUCUUCUGAUUCCUCCGCUCUUAUUUCUUUUUAGUGAACGACUGCGUCGUUGCGGGCAUUUGUCUCAAGCCUGACGCAGUCAUUGGCACCUUUCUUCGCGUUUAUUUUGCUCGUGUGUUGAUUUGCUGCAGUA